AUCCUGGUAUAAAUACCGACCGAGCUCAGCGUCGUCAGCUGUUAGCUUUCGGGAAUAAGUAAUACGAUGACAUUUGAAGAGGUAAAACCGAAAGUGUCCUUCGCUUCCCAGGCAUGCGUCGUCAUUAUGUUAAGUUUAGUGCUGUAGGAAACAUUAUAGCUGCUUCCGCCUUACUUGAAAGUCUCCUUACCUCGAGACAUACUUCCGUGUUGUGAGUUAUACGGGUAUAAAUAAAUGUAGCCACGCAGCAGCUAAGGUUUUAUAACGCCCAGCAGACGUAUUUUCGGUAAGAAGUCGAUAGCUAUACAUGUGGCGUUAUAACUCGUAAAUACAUUUGCAUUAGCCUAGGCAUGAAGAGCAAAGCUAAAGCUAUGGGUGGAUCUCAAAGCUCUUCUGUGGCCUCAAGUCAUGAAGACUGUCUAAGGGUUCAAGCUGCAGGAUCGUCAGCUUCAUUUUCACUACAGAGGGAGUUUGAUCUCCCUCUGUUGAUCCUGGAGGAGAUCUUCCUGAAUCUGCCUCCUAAUCAGGUGGUCAGGGCUUGUCGGUUAGUGUCCCAUCAGUGGAAAGAAGUGGUUGAUAGUGAGUCCCUGUGGAAAGAGAGAUGUAGAAGAGAAGGAUUUCACCUCCGUGAUACUUACAAAAAACCCAAAGACUGGAAGUUGUUUUACUUCUUGUGCAAGCAGAGAAGAAAUCUUCUGAAGAAUCCAAGAGGGGAAAAUAAGAUGAGGAACUGGAAGAUACUGGAGAAUGGUGGCGACCGUUGGAAAGUAGAGGGAUUAUUGGUGCCACACCAAAAUGAGAAAGUCCAGAAAAACUUUGUUACUUCCUACGGGAUGUGCAGGAAGGAACAGCUGAUUGACUUGGAGAAGGAAGGUUACAACGCAUCGUUUAUGGAUCACUUCCAGCCUGACAUCAAAAUAUCUGAUUGGUAUGCACCGCGAUGGGAUUGUGGCAGUCAAUAUGAGAUCUGUGUAGAGUUGCUGAAUCACAGCAAGGGGGUUGUCCAGACUUUUGCUCCUGACACCAUUACCUUUGAGCAGUGGAACGAUCAGAAUUGGAAUCAGCUGACCCAUGUAUUCCAGAGCUACGGACCAGGAGUGAGAUGCAUCCGCUUCACCCACGGAGGCAGGGACACACAGUUCUGGGCAGGAUGGUACGGGAUUCGUGUCACCGACAGCAGCGUCGAGAUCUGUCCAGCAGCGGACACGUAGCUCUUAGGGAUUCCUCCAAUGCCUGCAUCCUGCCUUCGCCUAUAAUUGCACCUUCUUAUUGGGAUCAAACUAAGUUUCGUUUUCCUUUUAUAACCACGUUUGACUUACUAAUAUGGUAUAUGUAUGUAUGUAUGUUUUGCUUUGAAAUGUAAUUUUCAAACCACCCGCAAUGCUGCCCCAAAUGAAGGAAUAUGAAGUUAACAGAUGUAUUUGAAAAUGCUAUUCUCAAUUAUGCAGAAUUGUGUUUGAAACAAUAAAAAAAAAAAUAUGAUCAUUA